GGCAGGGGAAAAACACUGGGAAGAACCUGCUUACUGCUGCGGGACUUCGCUAUGGGACGUCAUUUAAAGUGAGCGGCAGAACAAAGAAGUUAUUUAAUACGACUUAGACACAGUAGCGCCGGGGAUUGGAGGUGGCAAAGUUCGCCUUGUAGCUGAGAUAUGAACUUAUCCUUCUGUCUCAUCGCUUUGUCGUUGCAAUGCCACCCUGUCCUAGUGGUGCCGGGUAAGCUGGCGGCGGAGCAAUGUGGCUUUGGGGCAAGUGAAAUGCUUUACAGCGCCUUGCACUGAGGGCAGUAUCGCGACUGAUGGGAUGUGGCGCCUGGAAAAAUAGAGUCCGUCUGGGACUUGUGAGGUCACAGCCCCUUGUGUCCGUUUGCUUCACUAUGUUCGUCGUCUUCAUCUAUUUCUUUUACUGUCUGACGGGCUCCUGCGACACCUCUACACGUCCCAUUUACGAACAGCAUCCCUCCAAGAUCCACAGCCGGAGCUCUUCGGUCAUGCAAGACGGUGUCUUGAGACAGGUUGUUUUGGACACAAGUGCCCAGCCCUCACCUGGCAGUGGCAUCCCGGUCGUCAACAACUUCGGUAAAAAGAGGUUCCCGCAAGCCAUUAUCAUUGGGGUGAAGAAAGGGGGGACCCGAGCGCUGCUGGAGUUCUUACGCAUUCAUCCAGACGUACGCGCUGUGGGUGCCGAAGCGCAUUUCUUCGAUCGUUUUUAUGACAAGGGUCUGGACUGGUACAGAAACCUGAUGCCUAGGACUCUUGAUGGCCAGAUCGCCAUGGAGAAGACGCCCAGCUACUUUGUGACCAAGGAGGCUCCUCAGCGCAUCUUUCGUAUGUCCCGGUCUACCAAGUUGAUAGUGGUGGUGCGAAACCCUGUGACUCGAGCUGUAUCAGACUACACACAGACGCUGUCCAAAAACCCUGGCCUACCUUCCUUCCAAGAGCUGGCCUUCAAAAACCUGAGCAGUGGACUUGUUGACACAUCCUGGAGUGCGGUACAGAUUGGUCUCUAUGCCAAGCACUUAGAUAUUUGGCAACAGUACUUCCCACAAUCACAAUUCCUUUUUGUCAGUGGUGAGAGGUUGGUCUGGGACCCUGCGGGUGAAAUGGAUCGUGUCCAGGAUUUCCUUGGCCUCAAGCGUCUCGUUACUGAUAAACACUUCUAUUUCAAUAAGACCAAAGGCUUCCCAUGCCUAAAAAAGCCAGAGGGCAGCAGCCGGCCCCGCUGCUUGGGAAAAUCCAAGGGUAGGCCACAUCCACACAUCUCACCUCAGGUGAUUCAGAAACUGCAGGACUUCUACAGGCCAUUAAAUAAAAAAUUCUACCAGAUGACGGGCCAGGACUUUGGUUGGGAUUAACCAGUUCACAUAGGCCACAUUCAGAACGUUUUACAAAUUCAGCAAACUCUUCUGUGUACCUCUGAUGGCUAUAGGGCCUGUUGGUUCUAGUUCUGUGGCCCAUCUUACAUGACAGGAGCUUUAUAUAUAGAAGAGUGAAGAAGAAAAUGAAUAUGCAUGGCAGAGUUAACAGCCAGCUUACUACUUCAUUCCUUCCUCUUCCUUAUCAGUCAUGUCCUCCCCUCCAUGGUAUAUAGUAUUCUAUGAAGGGCCAUCAAAUGGACUUCUGAGCUUAUUCUAGAUCAACUCCUACCCACCCUAAUAUAAAUCCUUACUCUAAGUGUUUGAAUGCUGCAACAGAAAGUCUCUUUAGACAAGGUGCAAGCCCUCGAACCAGUGUUGUCCGCAGUUAUCAGUAUCUUCUAGCUUUCCGACCAAGUGCCUCAAAUGGCCAGGAGAACAUAGGAGCCUUUAUGGUGAAUGGGAGCAGACCAAAUCAUCAGGAGGCUGGUGAGUAGGUAAGGAGGAGACCAUCUGAGAGGGAACUAGUGUGAGUGUGGGCAGGAGAUAACUGGAGUAAAUGGUCAAAGAACAGACCAGCAAUGGACAUCAACGUGAGUUAUAUUAGAAGAAAAAGAAAUGGACUUUAAGGUGAUUGAGAAGAGAGAUGUGUUGGGGAAGUUGGGGCAGGUGAGACAAGCAGUGUCAUUGGUGCCAAAGGGCAAAGAAGAAAGCAUUGAAGGCACUGGAAUGAGUGGUGGCAGAAUAAAGCAGUAAGGGGAUAUAGAGGGGUAGGUAUCUGAAAAAAAACUCUCUGUGACAGUGGAGACAAGCAGAUGGCAUUGGAAAUAAGUAGAGAGUUCAGAAAGCACCAAAGUCUCUAAAGAAAUAAGCAUGAGUGGUUGGGCAAGGCCAGAAUGGAGAGGUCAGAUGGCCUCUGGGAUUGAGUAAGUAUGCAACUGAAUAGCAGAAAUAGGCAACAGUGACAAAAGAAAGUAUAGUUAAUUAAAGCAGGUGAUCAACAGAGGUGGCCUGUCUAUAAUAUCUAUUUUCUAUGCCACUGUUUUGCCAAUAUAUUGUCAGUAACAGGUGUAAGACAGGAACAUGCCCCACAGGGGGCACUAUACCACCACAGUGCACAUCCCGUUGACUGCAGGUCCAUUUUGCAUUCCCAGUCAAACUAACCAGAUUACUUUGGACUAGAAGAGAAGACCAGAGUCUCAACUGAGAAAAGUACAAAGAAUAUACUAUCUCCGUGGUGGAGCCCGCCCUACCCAGGACUUGAAUCAGGAUCUAUACUAAUGUUGUAUAUAAUUAUUUUUUAUUUUAAAAUAUAAAAAUGUUUCUUGUAA